AUGAAUUCGUGUACAAGAAUGUGGAAGAUAUGGAAUGGGCUUACCAGAACUUUACCCAAACCUAUAAAGAAAUAUCCUUUACCUAAGCUGUGCAGUAGCAUGAGCACCAAUGCAUCAAUACCAGAGUACAAACGAGAAAUGGAGACAUUUCAAGACGUGUAUCCUAGUAUUAUUGAGACUAUAAGCAAAAAUCCAGGCCUUUAUGAUAACCCAGAUGUUGAUGCAUGGAUAAAAAAGUUAUUGGACUACAACUUGCACGGUGGUAAAAAAGCCCGAGGCUUGGCUACUAUAUUUGCAUACGAGAUACUUGAAAAGCCAGAAAAUAUCACUGAGGAAUCUCUUCGCUUAGUAAGAGUUCUGGGAUGGUGUGUAGAAAUGUUACAAGCAUACUUCCUGAUAAUGGACGAUAUUAUGGACGCGUCGUUAACACGAAGGGGAGUUCCAUGUUGGUACCGUCUGCCCGAGGUCGGUCUGGGCGCUAUCAACGAUUGCAAUUUAGUUCAGGCCGCUAUGUACAUUGUAUUAAAGGAAUAUUGUGAAAAAUUACCUACAUAUAACAAUAUUGUGCAUCUGUUUAAUGAGACGUUAUUCUAUACAGCUAUAGGCCAGCACUUGGACUUUACAAUGGCACACAGAGUGAAAAGCGAUUACAGUUUGUUCACACCCGAACGGUACAGUGCUAUCGUGACAUAUAAAACCGCGUAUUACACGUUCAAAUUGCCGGUAUUUUUGGGAAUGCUUGUGACGGACAAUGUACCACAACACUCGCAUCAGACGGCCGAGAAGAUAUGUUUGGAUUUGGGCUAUUUAUUUCAAAUGCAGGACGACUACAUAGACUGUUUCGGUGCUGAGCACCUAACAGGCAAAGCAGGAACCGAUAUCCAAGAAGGGAAAUGCUCAUGGCUGGCCGUGCAAGCUCUGCAACGGUUAUCUGAACCGCAGCGAAAAGUGUUCAUAGCGUGCUAUGGAAGCCACGAACCAGCCCAUGUCGAACGAAUAAAACGACUCUAUCAAGAACUCGGUUUACCAGAACUAUACCGUCGAGAGGAAAAACAACGAUACGAUGCGAUAGUAAAGCUCUCGCAAACAUUCCUUCCUGAUUCAGGGAAUAUGCCCGAUUUGUUCAUGAAACUGUUAGCACUAACUUAUAAUAGAAAGAAAUAA